AUAGAAAGGUAGCAUGCCCUAGGAUGGGCUGAUCUAGGCGUGUACUCAUCGCAGGAGCAAGACAAUAGUCAAAGUUUAGUCAAACUCCCCCGCCCGAUUGUAGAAUAAGUUGGCGAGCAGACGUUUGAAAAUUUGAAUUCUUGUGGCCUCGAGCGACACCAGGAGGAGCUGCGAGUGAAGGAGAAUGGUGCUGCUCUGCUUCUUGCUCGAUCUCCGCACCAUCUCUCCGCCGUUGCUCCGCCAGUUGAAGCAGGGUUUGUUGCAGCUCGCCAAUCUCUACAUAUCGUCGCCGGUUAGAUCGGGGAGGAAGUCGAAGAAGGAGAUCCCAUUUCUCCGAGACAAUAUCGCGCUGUGCUACCUCCAGCCAAGCAAACCCUCUUCGCCCACUUCAACGGAGUUGAAGGUUGCAUACAGACCCGGGGAAAGAUUUAGUGUCCGAGACUUUCAUCAUGCUGUGAACAACAUUUCCCUAGACAAUCUUUUCCCAGAUGUUAAGAUCUGUGUGCCAACAGCAGGUAGCACUGAAGGCUUUGCAGAGAUGACACUUGCAGACCUUUUGAACAACAAUGCUCUGUACAAAUGGGGCAGUGACAAUCUCCCAAAGAAAGUAAUUGUCAUUUGUUCAACCAUUUCUGCAAGCACUGGAUCUCUUCGGAAAUCACUUAUGGAUGCAGCAGAUAGAUGCAUUGCAGUGGAGUUUGUAGUACUGGUAGAGGGAGAGACAAAUAUCUAUCAUGAUGAUGCUGAGAAACUCAUGCAAUUUACCAACAGUGUUUGUGACCUUGAGAGUUGUGUUAUCAGGAGUUACAUAAUGGAUACUUGGCUCUUAAAUGGUCUGGUGAAAACAUGGUUCCAAGAGAUUAAGAAUGAUGCAGAGGAACCACUACAAGCUGUGUUUGUGUUAGGAAAUGCCCUUGCCAAUUCUGCAGAUCGAAUCUGUUGCAAUUUGUUUCCUUCCUCGACUCAUAUUAGUGAUGGUUUCAUCUCUUGUCAGACAUGCAGGUGUCAUGGUUAUCCUAUUGACACUGUCAUUGACAGUAAGACAAAUUAUUUUUGUCCACUGAACCAUCAGGUGUUAGGGGCGUCUGAUCUGAUUGACAAUGUUGCAAGAAUUGGUGAACAAACUGUUCUUUUUCUGCCAUCCUUUGAAGGCUGUCCGGUUCCACAAAGUGUCUCUACACUGCUAACUUUCAGGGUUAUUGAACGCACCAACUUAGCCUCAUUAAAUGAAGGUCUGAUGAUGGGUAACUCCCUUUACGUAACUCCAUCUUGUCAUGAAACUGAAUCUUCAGAUGAAUCUGAUAAUGCAGAUCUGAACGCUUUGAUUUUCCACGGGCUUUGUAGAACUCUUUUUCUUCUAGACCAGGGCCUUGUUUGCACUUCAACUUGCAAUACAGAGACUAUGCUAGACGGUACCUUUCUUUGCUAUUAUAUUCUUCAACCUUCAGAUGGAGGUCCAAUGCUUUUAAGGUGCGUCAAAAGUUCAUGCAAUCCACAGAGGCUUGCUUCAUCUGAGGAAGCUCUGCCCAUUCCUAAUACAACUCAAGCCAGUGAUGUAUCCAUACCAGAGGACUUGGUAAAUUCUAUUAGGACCUCUUUGGAAAAGAUUGAACUAAGAGAGUACAACCCUCUCCAACAUGAAAGAGGUUUCCAUGCUAAGCUUAACUGGCUAGUUAACGAGAGCUUGCAAUUUGGGUCAAUUUCUUCGCACUCUAUUCCAAACAUCGUUGAACGCAAUAGCCUCAAUGAACAGCAACAGCGGCCACUGACCCAAAUGUCUGAUGGACAAAUGCAUGCCAUCCAGAACACAGAGAACAAUUGUACCAUAGCAGAUGAAUGGGAGAAACUUCUCAUUGUUGAUGAUCUGGACAGUUGCUAUUCAGCUCCUAGUAGCUCCAAACCAAAGAUCAAAUCCUCAAAUCCAGGAUCACAGGAUAAGUUUUCAGAUGAGAAAACAUCAAGAAUCCUGGAGAGACUGGAAGCUCCAAAGCAACAAUUUUUCAGAGUAAACUUCCCUUCCAACACAAAGAACUUCAAUGAGCUGAUAAAAAAAUCACUGAUUCCACUUCAAUCGGGUUUAAGUCAACCACUGAAACCUAACUUUCAGAAGCUGAAGAGGAAGCAAAGGUGAAGGUUAUGAGAGGUCGUAUAGCAAGGGAGGUCUCCUCCGUUGGCAAGGAUCAAAAGGAAGUUUCUUUGUAGAGUAAAAAGUCUUCUCUUAGUCAACAACCAGAUCACUGUUUCCAGCACACCAUCUCUUCAGUUUUGGAUCACACACAUUGCCAUGAUAUACAUUUUUGAAAAUUGAAAGCAUAGAGUGAAUCACGGUGCAUUUAUGCAAACUCAAUUCAUAAAGGAAUACCACAAAGCAG